AUGCAGACGACCGCCUUCUACGACACCUAUAUGCCCGACCAGGUCCAGUUCUACAACCAGUCCACCAUCAUUUUGGAUCAGAAUUACUGUAAGUUGGGUCUGACGGGGAAGGGAGACUGGCGGUCUUUGGGUUCGAGGAUGUUUGCCAUUAAGAGAUAAGGAGAAGGUGAGAUAGAUGCCUUUGUGGGAUGGUUAAGUUGUUUCUGACGGGAGUUUUUUUUUGCGACAAUCAGCAUUUUAUGGCUGUUGCCUACACAUGGGGCAGCGGGUUGAAAAAAUGGUGACUUUUGGUAGGUGCAAUAAUUAUUUAUUUUACCGGAGGGUAAUGUAGACUUUUAAGAAGUGACUAGGGAUGAAACAAAGCGAUUAUUUGAACUACAAGCAAUUUUAUAACAUUUGGAACCGGAAACUAUAAAGUCUGAUCUUCGAGAAUCCUAAAUAAAUAUGUGGCUCGUACCCAUUGUACCCUCUCUUGUACUAGCCGGUUCCUUUAUCCGCCCCGACAAUAACCAAUAAAGAUCCCAUAUUUAGCCCCACCACAUCCGGAAAUAGCAAACACGGCCCGCGCUCAAGGUUUAUAUUCGAAUAGUCAUCGGUUUUUGUGCAGGUACCUCAUUCGAUUCCAUGAAGAGGUCUUAAAGGAAGACCUCGGGCGGCUAGCGAUGCGAUGGCCCCGCUGAAUCACGUCUAUUUAUUCAAGGGCGCGUGAACUGAUCCGAGAGGCUUAAGGAGACCCAAGAAACAUUCCAGAAAUGGGAAUAAAACGGGAAAAAGCAAGCGCGGCCAUAACCCCGUCGCUGUGCGGGGACCGUAAGGGUUAUGCAAGCGGGCCCUUUGAUCGGACGGUUAUGGGUUUGCGACCGUAAUAGAACCGGAAUAAUUUUUAUGGGAUUUCUUUGACCUUUAGUUUUAUCCAUCGUCUGGGAUGCUGGUUAAUAUUUAGAAUCGAUUUUAUCACCUCGACAUGAAAUGAUCAAACUUUAAUUGUCAUCAAAUCAGCGUCAUAAUUGAUCUAUUUGCAGGUAUGGAGCCCACUUACACCUCCGUUCCGAUUGUCCAGCCCCAAAUUAAACUCGAUCCCUACACCUACACCGAAUAUUAUUGUCCCAUGGAGUUCUACGCGGAUUACCAGCCCAAUUAUGCGACCAUGCCGGAGCCGCUUCUCCAGCCCGUGUACCCUCACAUUCAGGCUGUUUCCGAGCCCAUUCCUACCAGUUCUCUUACAACCGCAACUUUCACAAAGCUCUCGACAGGGUCUGAAUUCAGCUCCAGUUCAACUUCUCCCACCAAUUUCUCGGUUCUGAGCUCUUCCCCGGGCUGUUCUUCUUCUCCCUCUUCCAGUUCAAGUAACAGUAAUGCCGCGAUGAAUGUCCAACUGCCUCCCGAGAUCUGUGCCAAAGUUUUCUGUCCGCCCAGCGCUGUUAAUCCAAACGGUCAUCAUCGAAUGCCCCGGAGGAAUAAAGUCGAGCUGCAGGAGAAGAGGAACCACAAGUGCAAUGUUCCGGGUAAGCUUUGCCAGAUUUAACACUUUGUAUUGUGUUGAUCGAGGGCCUCCAUACUGUCUCCUUUUUUUAUAUUUACUCUCGGCUUAGCGAUGGCGUAAUAUUUCAUGGAUAUAAAGUUACUUGUUGUCCCUCGCUCCGAGAGUGUAAAUACGACGAUCAGGAUUAACUUGUGUUGUUUUAGGCUGUACCAAAGUUUACACCAAGAGCUCGCAUCUCAAGGCACAUCAACGGAUCCACACAGGUGUGUUUUAUCGUAACUUUAUACCUUUACAUUACUUUAGACAACAGGUUUUCUCAAAAAUUUGAGAUUAUUCGUAUAAUAUAGAUGGAUUACCCCGAUUCUUGACCUUAAAUAGCUUGGGCGGAAGUGUUUUGUCGACAGAUCCCCUCUUGAAGUAGCCUCCCAAACAUUUAGGUCUUUAAAAGGUUCAUUUACAACGAUCUUAUUCGAGUGCCGUCAAAAGGAAUGCGCGCGCGAAAUAGCCGUGUCCUCCGCUCUUGGGUAAAUAUUACGGUAAAAGAGACAUCAAAAGCCGACCAAAUAUCCACCCGGUAUUUACCGCCGUUUUUAUUGCUCUUCGAGAAUUGGCGGCGAACAAAAGUUGCGGUUUGAACUGUUGUUUUGGGGGGUCGGGGAUCUGCUCGGGGUUACUGUAACAUCAUCGCGAAUUUAUCGAAAGAUGACUUGAAGGAAAAAUUAUGUUACGCUAAACAUACAAGACGUUAUUCUUCGUUUUAUAUAUUUACAUGGCAUAACUUCAAACUGAACUAACUCGAUAUUUCUUUAGGCGAGAAACCGUACAACUGUUUGUGGCCCAACUGUAAUUGGCGGUUCGCCCGAAGUGAUGAACUGACCCGGCAUCUCCGAAAACAUACCGGAGCCAAGCCCUUCCGCUGCCAGAACUGCGCACGUUGUUUCGCGAGAUCCGAUCAUCUUCAAUUACAUAUGAAACGACAUGAACCAAAGACCGGAAGACAGUCCUGGUAA